UCUACCUCCCCAUAUCCAUCCACUAUCCCGAGAUGGACUCUUGGGUGGGCUGGCCUGGGGCACCUGGAGCAGAGUCUGACUCAGCAGAAAGCCGGGGCAGUGCCCACCCUAUGGUGGCUUUGGAGGCUGCCAAAAUGGCUUGGUAGCCCCGUCUGGGAAGACUCUUGUCGCUGCCCAGAACAGAUAGCUGUGGGUCCUGGGUGCGGCCUUUGUCCCCCAUUGGAAAAGUAAAGUAUGAAGGUCCCUGGCAUGUGGUUGACGCCUGGGUCACACUGGCUACUCGUGUCAGAGUGCUUUUCAAUCCUAGUCCGGAAGAUCCCGUUAGUCCUGCAGGGGAGUGGGCCUCGGCUCACUGUGCGGAGCUGGAGGACCCUGAGGGCCAGCCCUCUGCCCACUGGUCUUCCAUUGCCUCGUGACUGGUUGGCUGUAGGGUCUCAGGGCCAGGGUCAGUGAUGUCCCUGGAGUGACCUGGCAAUGGUGCUGCAGAGGGUCGAAGGCCUGAGAGCCUAGGCUCCUCCUCAGACAGUGGUCUCUCUCUCAGAUUCGUGUUUGUGGAACAUCAAGAAGGGCCUCGAGCUGCCCUGCCCAUACUGUGACCCAUGACUAUGGCAUGCUCUGUGCUCCUCAGGCUUCAUUCCCCGUCAUAAGAUGAGUCUAGCACUGUGACCCAGCACAUUCCUGGUGGCUGCUCAUCCUCACUGUGGUGAGAUUGAUUUUGGCUCUGGCACAGGCCUAAGCUUCCCCACGACCCCUGCAGCACUUUCCUGGACUGUAUGUAUGCUCUAUAUGGCCAUGUGCCCACCUGGCCUUUGGCUGAGCAUUGUCACAACCCUGCUAUCCCUGGGGAGCCAUUGUCCUUUAAAAGAGCCUGGCAGCAUCCCCAUUGUCACAGUAGGCACCUGCAGAGCCUUCAGUGAGGUGGGUCCCAAAUAGGACAAAGAAGACCCUCUGGGCCUUUCAGGUAUCACAGAGAUGGGUAGCUGUUCCAAUGUUCUCCCACUUGCCAAACCUCUCUGGCAGCUGAGCCGCCCUCAGCCCUAUGGGACCUCCUCUAGCCACAUGAGCUGAUGAGUCUGGUCUUUGCUCUGGGGCUCCUUGCCCCUAGCCCCUCAGCCCUCUGGUGGCCACUGUUCCUGUGCCUGUUGCUCGUCUUGGCAGCCCCCAGCCUCUCACCCUGCUAAUGAUGUUGCCUAUCAGAGACCCCACUCAGACCCCUGGUGUGGUCCACCUGCUGGCUGGACCAUCCAGCACAGGACAAGCAGUUGCAUUUGUAAGUAAAUAAAUAGUGAUUGGAGAAGUAGACCAUCCCCAGUGUUGACCUCUGGGUGAGGUACAUCUGAGACCCACUGGGCUUAGCUGCACAGAGGCAACCAGCAUGUCUGCCUAGGUGGGGCCUGCUCCUGAAACUCUUGAGAGUGCUCUGGCCCUCGGCCAGUGUGGUGCUGCAGCCUGGUGUCAUCUGUGACCUGCUGGGGGCAGUUCAAUGCCAGGCAGCUGAGCCAUCUCCUCCUGCCCCUUCUACCAUUACUGAGACCUUGGGACAGAGACCUGGCGAUAUCUGGAAGACGAAGCAGGUCCACGGGAGGGCUGCCAACAUGUGUGCCAGCAGAUGUUGUAUUCUAUCAGGGAGGUGGAGGGAGGAGGUCAGACCCCCUGCUGAGACGUUCAGGAUCCUUUCUGCUGAGAAUCUGUAUUCUGUGUAUCACCUGAGCAUCACCUGAGCAGACCUGGACUGGCACUCACAGAUCAUAGCCUGCUCAAAAGGGAGAUACACAUGCCCAUGCUGACCCCCCAGUUCACUUGUGCCACAUAGCAUGGGCAGAGCAAGGCUCCUUGGAGGUGACAGCAUCUCCCAGGUGGAGUGUGCCAUGAGGAGACCCAUCCACUCACCCACCUGCCCAGCACCCCGCACGAGGAGGCCUCAAUGCAGACACACUGGAGGCCGGGUGAGCUGCCUGGCUAUGCAGUCAGUCCUGUGUGCCCAUCUGGCCUUGAAGUCCCAGAGCUGGCACUUCUCUCCCAAGCUGUCCCCGGUGGUGCAGAUGGUGUGAUGGGAAGUGGGAUGGAAGGAAUCACAGUCAUAUGAACACAUUAUUGAGAGGAAGCCAGGGUGAUCCACGCUGAGAGAGGUGAAGCUAUGCCGCUGCUGAGCCUGGCGGGAGCAUUCUGGUAUUCCUGCGGCCUGGGACUGCCUGGGACAGCAGGCCUGACCCCAGCACUGAGGCUCAAGGAGUGCCACAUCCUGGCCGCAAGAGUCUUUGUUGGGCCAGGUGUUAGUCUUUGGGAUCCCCGUGCUGGGGCCAGCUGUGAGUUUCUUGGGGAGAACAAAAGUUCCAGAGACAGAGCCCUAUCAGAGCCAACUCAGGCCUGGGGUGGGGACAGUUUGGGGAGAAAGGAAUAGUAGACCUGAGAAAGAUCUAGAAGGUAAAGGAAUGUGGGGUUCAUGUGAGGGAAUGAAGAUGUGUCCCAUGAGAGCCCCCAAUGGGAUGUGGGGGUGGGCACACUUGGAGCUCAGCCUCCAGAGAGACCUUAGAGCAGCCUGCAGUUGCCUUUGAAGUGAUGCACUUACCAGAGAGAGUAGGAAGAUCAGAAAUAGCACCAGCAACUGAGGAGGCUGAGGCAGGAGGAUCCCAAGUUCAAGGCCAGUCUCAGCAAUUUAGCGAGACCCUGUCUCAAAAGAAAAAAAAGGGCUGGGCUGUGGCUCAGUGGUAUGCCCUUGCCUUGCAUGUGGAAGGCCCUGGGUUCAGUCCCCAGUACAGGUGCCUCAUAUCAGAGGGACAGUACAGGGUCAGCUGGCAGGACUGAGGAGGAGGCACCCCUGAAGCACUAGCGACUCUGUGCGGAGGGGAGGCAAGAAGGGAACUGUCCAGGAGCAGGCUGUGCCACCUCAGAGGUUGUUCAGAGAUCAGGGCCCUCGGCAGGUCAAGGGCCGGGCAUCCCCCAGGUUGUGAGUGAAACCCCUGGCCACCAGCCCAGGCAAGAGGAGCCAACAGAGGUGGGAGCUGCGGAACGGUUGGCCAGAUGGUCACUUUCAGGGAUUGUUUCUCCGUAUGUCGUGCAAGCACAACUCUGUUUGGACUCAGGCUGCAGUUGCUGGCCUGCCCUUGUCCUGCCAGGCCUCUUGCCUCAGCAUGGUAGAGGGAGACAUUCCAGCUUUGGUUCUAGUUCUGGGGUUUGGCUUUGUGCAGGACCUCUCCAUUCUUCCUUUGAAAUAGCCUUUGGGGAAAUUGCCCUGCAGGGCCCGGAACAGAAUGAGUCCUUUGACCCUGGCUAGCCUCCCUUUUGGCAUUUCCAGAGGCGGUGGCUGUGCCAGGGUUUCCUGCUCCCUCACUGUCGAAACCAACCCGCGAGGCAGAGAUAGGGGUCUUUCUGCCCCUGUCUGCUCUCUGGUGCCUUCACCUGUCAGAGCUGUCAUUGGAACCAGGGAGCUGAGGAGAAGGAUGUGCCAGAUAUGGGGACAGUCUGGGUUUAGGAGGAGGGAAUGUGGGGGGAAGGCAGACACACCCGAGAGGAAGCCUGACAGGACUGCAGGCAACAGAGCCAUCAGAGCCAGUGGCUCCUGGGACAGAGGCAGCAUCACAGUUGUCAGGGCCUGCAAACUACCAUGUGAGGCUAGGACUGUGGAGAGCAAAGUGGUGGAGUGGGCUGCAGAGGGGCCCAGCCCUUGUGGUGAGCUUGGAGCUGCCUAUACAGCAGAUGGGGAACCAGGAAGUGGGCAGGGUGAGAGAGCUCUCAGAUCAGAAGGUAUGCUGGACACCCAUGGGGUGGCCUUCACUUGGCUGCUGCUUCAUCUUAGGUGCACUUCCAAGAAAGGCUUCACUCUCUGAGCCAUGGUACCUGUGACCAGGCUCCCCCGAAGGCUUUGGCCUCCUCUGAGAACCAAACGAGACUUUGUGCAGGUGCCCAGGACACACGCAGCCUUGGGGGACCACCUGCGGCCACCUCCCUAGUUCUCUCCCACCUCUGCCCUGCCUGGACAGAACCAACUGCAGUGGCUGAAAUAGAGGGCAUUCCUGACCAGCAGGCUUUUCUGCCUCUCCUGACACUUGCUUCUGCCUCAGCAAACAGGAGCAGAAACUCCAGGAAUGGGGGCCUCCUCACCCAGGCCAUGAGGAGCAUGGCCUGCAGCAUGGCUAUUCUGAGUGGUCUCACACCUGUCACUCUGGAGUAGUCCCAGCCCCACAUCACCUGUCCCAGGGAAUGAGGCAUCAAGGCCUUGUCCAGAUUUGCCUCAUAUCAGAGGGACAGAACCUAGAGAUCAGACUCACAGCUGGGUCACAGAGAUGCUCUGGGCUUUUCUUUGCCGACCUCAGACCCACGUUCGCCCACUGACAGCUGGAGAAGCUAACAGAAUACACAGAACCACUCUGAAGUCCUCAGAGAUGUACUAAGUGGUGAGGUCUGGAGACUGCUCCUUCUCAAGCAGUCCCCAGGGCUGAGAAGCUAAGCAGACCCUUGGAGCUUCCUCUAGUUAACAUCCAACGAGUCCCUGCUUUUUCCUUGACUCCUCAAGGGCCUCAGAAAGAGGAGGAGGGUGAGCCAUGAGCAGGCUGCCCUCAGCAUGAGCCCAGCCCCAGUCAGCUGGGCCCCACCCUCCUCAAGGAGAUGCCCUCCUAACACCUGCCAGAAACUAAAGUAAGCCCAGAGCUCAGAUUGCCAUGAUGGCUUUUCAUGAACAACAACCAGAAUUUCAGUCUAAAAUACCAGAGUUGAUCAGAAACAGAAACAGAUCUACCUUUUGGGAUUACCCGAAAGUUACUUUAAUAAAUAUCCAAUGUGAAAGAUACUAAAUGGAAAUUUUUUUAUCUUUAUUUAUCUAUUCAUUUUUUUUUAUAUGGUGCUGAGGAUCGAACCCAGCACCUCGAAUAUGCUAGGCAAGCGCUCUACCACUGAGCCCCAGCCCCCUAAAUGGAAAUUUAAAAGAUUCAAAUGUGUUUUCUAGAGCUGAAAAACAAAAACCAGGAACACAAUAGAUGGUGCUAAGGUGUAAAUGUGUGUCCCCUUGUUGAGAUGGGCAAAGUUGCCACUUAUGCAGUCGAGAGGGAGAAAUAAAGAAUGUCCAUGCGCUUCUGCCCUUUUCAAUGUUUUGUUCACUCAAAUCACUCAAUACAAUUUCACUCUAUAGGUUUUUAAUCAAGAAAAUGAUGGUCCUUGAUGCUGGGCACUGCAAUAUUCAUAAUCACUUAACAACAAAUAAUUCUAAGUUAACUCUAAGCACUGCAAACACACCUAAUCAUGACCUAGUUAUUACAGACAUUCCCUCUGCAUGCUAAACUCAAGUGCCAGGUCUAGAGUCUCACGUCUUAGGCUUUUAAGUCCAGCAGAUGCAGUCACUCAGACCGCAGUGAUCAGAUCAGGAACCGAUGGAGGCUCCUGGUGUGGAGUUGGUGGCCAGUUGAGGGGAGCGUAAUAGGGAGAUGUCACCAUUCUCACCAGAGCAAAAAGCUAUAGAGUUUGAGAGAGGUGAGGAAGAUGCAGGGGAUCAGGCAAACGAUGAGAAGAGUGGGGAUGUUAGCCCAGGUCCUCAUCAGGCUUUCCGGCAUGUGGGCAUCAGUGUCAGCUGGCUGAAUGUUCAUUUGCUCCAUCAUUUAUACUAAAUUUUGGGGCUCCUUUCGGUCCCUGUCAGCUGUUACCAAGUUUCUUAGUGACAUCUUACAUUUUAGAGUCAGGACAUACGGUUUGGUGAUUUUCCACCCUGAUCUUCUUAUACCUCUGACUCUUAUCAAGGUGAAGGCAAAUGAUAUGUGACUUCACCCUGACUCUUACCAGGGUUGUGGAAAGUGACUUGUCUUUAUCAGGCUAUGCCUAAUUGACAUAUCGGAGGGAUCUGUAGGCUGUGCCUGGUGGGAUUGCAGGUCUGUUUUAAAAUAUAGUUGCUUAGGCUAAGGCCAUACUUACAGUCAGGCUAAGGCCACCCUUACACCACCCCCCCGCCCAAAUUCCUUUGUUGAAUAGCUUGAGGAGAUGGGGUCUAUGGGCAUAAAUGAAGGAAUUCAUACUUGUGACAGAGGAGGGCACUGUCCUUAGGAGGCCCCAGUGGGUCACUGUGGCACCUGCCUAUAAUCCCAGUACUCAGGAGGCCGAGGCAGGAGAAUCAAAAGUCCAAAGCCUGCCUAGGCAAUUUAUUGAGACUAUCCCAAAAUAAAAAAUGAAAAGGGUCUCGCACACAUCCCGCAUGAGUGAGGGAAAGGGUUCCCCUCCAGAGGGAUGGGCUGACUGAGAAAUAAAAGCUAAGAAAACAGUAGUAUGAAAUAAACACAGGACACAGAAAUAUAGUUUCAGAGCGGGGGCAGCAACAGGCCAAGCUGAACAUAGGGUUACGGCUUCUAGCAGAGAUGGAGCCUGCAUUUGCUUUAUUUAUAGCAGUACAGAUCAAAGGGGAUUGGGAGGAGUCUUGUCUGGUGCUUGCUUCUUCACGAAAAACAAGACGUGGUGCGGGUAGGCAGGCUGUUUGGCUCUUAACCACAGUCGUGACCUUCUCCUGGGUUGUGUGCAACCUUUUGGCAGAGCUGGGUGGGAGUUCACAUGUAUCAGACCAUCUCACCCGCAGGAGCGCCAGUGCAAGUUCCCAGACACCCGACCUUCCCACUCAGUAGCUUCAGUGCUGAUGUAGUCCACGCACAUUUCACGGAUGGCUUCCUGCAAAAAGGACUGUACCUCAGUGGAGGAGUACCCCUGGAUUUAAUCCCCGAUACCAUCACCACAACAACAAAAAGUAAAAGGUCAAAGAGAGCUCGAACCUCCCCUGGGUGAGAACACACAGCCAGGCAUCACCUGUGAAACAGGGAGGAGUCCUUAUCAGAUACUGGAUCUGUCUGUGCCAUGACUGGGUACUUCCAGCUCCAGAACUAAGUAAAUAUCUUGUUUUUAAACCACUCAGUCCAUGGAAUUUUGUUAUAGCAGUAUGAAUGGAUCAAAACAAUGGAUUUUAAAUUAGAUUAAACAUAGCUGAGAGGAGAAUUAGUAAAUUGGAAGACAGAUCAGAAGAAAAUAUCAAUUCUGAAGUAUAGAGAAGCCCGGGAUGGGAAAUACAGAACCCAGCAUGAAAACCACAGGAUGCAGGGUGAAAAGGAUUGUAAUUGAAUUCCCAAACUAGAAGAAAUAUAAUAAACAUAAUAUUUGAAAAGAUAAUGGUCAGGAUUUUACCAAAACUCAUAGAAGAUGUUGAGCCACAGAUUUAAGAAGUGCUACCCCUAAGUAUCCUGGGGUAGAGAGUGUGAAGGAGGGACGUGUUCUGCCCCCCAUCAUCUCUCCCCAGCAGUGUCCUGGGUCUGGCCCCUAGCUACAGCUGGUACCACCAUGGAUUCAGGACCUGUGCCAACCUUGGGCUCACAGCAGGCAGAGCAUGCAAAGACAUCAAGUCCACCAGCAGUACAGCACUGGGGCAGAGAGCAAAUGAAGCUAAGAGACCAAAUGUCCAGCAUGAACCCGCUGGGGGAGGGGCCAGGAUGACCUCCUCACUUCGGUGGAACUCAGGCACCAAGGAGCGCAUGCUCAUCAAGGUCGCUGACAGGGAGCCCAGCUUCCUCACUCCUCAGGGCAAUGGCUACUCUUCAGAUGGCCAGCCUGGGAGCCGCCCCCGCAGACCCUCUGGCAGCCAGCAUUCGCCCAACCUACAGACAUUCACCCAGGACUCGGAAGGCGCUGUCUUCUUCCCUGAGAGGCGACCUUCGCCCUUCCUGAGAAGGGCUGAACUCUCCGGGAGCUGCUCCCCACUGCUCACGCAGCCUCGAAAGUCCUCCAGUGACUCACAGCCCUCUUCCCCACGCUAUGGCUAUGAGCCCCCUCUCUAUGAGGAGCCCCCUAUGGAGUAUCAGGCCCCCAUCUAUGAUGAGCCCCCCAUGGACGUACAGUUCGAGGCUGGUGGCCCCUACCAGGCUGGCUCCCCACAGAGGUCGCCCAGCCGCAAGCCCCGCCCCUUCUUGCCCGGGGCCAAGCAGGCCCCUGCCUCCCCCUGCCAGCAGCUGGUGCGCACUAAACAGAAGUGCCCUGAGCGCUUCCUGAGCCUGGAGUACAGUCCUGCAGGCAAAGAGUAUGUAAGGCAGCUGGUGUACGUGGAGCAGGCCGGCUCUAGCCCCAAGCUGCAUGCAGGCCCCCGGCACAAAUAUGCUCCCAACCCUGGUGGUGGCUCCUACUCACUGCAGCCCAGCCCUUGCCUGCUGAGGGACCAACGCCUAGGGAUCAGGUCUGGAGACUACAGCACCAUGGAGGGACCCGAGCCCCGGCUGAGCCAACCACCCACACCACUGCCCCCAGCCCAGGAGGACACCAUGUCUUGGUCCAGCCAGCAGGACACCAUGUCUUCCACGGGCUACUCCCCAGGCACACGUAAGAGGAAGAGCAGAAAGCCCUCUCUGUGCCAAACUCCUGGCGCCCCCUCCACGGAUGGCCCAGGGGACCUACUGGGUGAGCAGCCUCUGGCUGAGGAGCGCUCUCCAUGUGGGCCCAGCCUUGCCCAGAUGAAGCGUGCAGAGGCUGAAGUGGACGUAGCACGGGGUAUGGCCGAGCCUUUCCUGGCACAGGCGCGGCUGGCCUGGGAGGCACAGCAGGCCCACUUUCACAUGAAGCAGAGGGGCAGCUGGGACUCCCAGCAGGAUGGCUCUGGCUACGAGAGUGAUGGUGCUGUGCCACUACCCAUGCCCGGACCUGUGGUACGUGCCUUCAGUGAGGAUGAGGCACUGGCGCAGCAGGAUAGCAAGCAUUGGAAGCGGAAUACUUUCGAGAAGCUCGGCUUCCCCCAGAUCCUGCUGGAGAAGAGCGUCUCUGUGCAGACCAACUUGGCCUCACCAGAACCUUACCUCCACCCCUCACAGUCUGAGGACUUAGGAGCCUGUGCCCAGUUUGAGAGCAGCCGGCAGAACCGUAGCGCGAUGCCCAGCUCCAGCUGUGUCUUCCCCACCUUCACGCUGCGCAAGCCCUCCUCAGAGACGGACAUCGAGAACUGGGCCUCCAAGCACUUCAACAAGCACACCCAGGGCCUCUUUCGACGGAAGGUGUCCAUCGCCAACAUGCUGGCCUGGAGCAGUGAGUCCAUCAAGAAGCCCAUGAUUGUGACCAACGACCGGCAUGUGAAGAAAGAGGCCUGUGAGAUCUUCAAGCUGAUCCAGAUGUACAUGGGCGACCGGCGGGCCAAGGCAGACCCACUGCAUGUGGCCCUCGAGAUUGCCACUAAAGGCUGGAGCGUGCAGGGCCUCCGGGAUGAGCUCUACAUCCAGCUGUGCAGGCAGACCACCGAGAACUUCCGCCUCGAGAGCCUGGCCCGUGGCUGGGAGCUCAUGGCCAUCUGCCUGGCCUUCUUCCCGCCCACACCCAAGUUCCACUCCUACCUAGAGGGAUACAUCUACCGGCACAUGGACCCUGUCAAUGACACCAAAGUGACACAGCACAUAAGAGAGCUCCUGGAAAGGAACACUAAGAAGAAGUCCAAAUUGAGAAAGAAACCCAAGCCUUAUGUUGAAGAGCCGGAUGGGGUGGCGAUAAGCACCUACGCCAAGUAUUGCUACCACAAGCUGCAGAAGGCGGCCCUGACAGGGGCCAAGAAGGGGCUAAAGAAGCCCAACGUGGAGGAGAUCCGGCACGCCAAGAAUGCUGUGUUCAGCCCAUCCAUGUUUGGCAGUGCACUGCAGGAGGUCAUGAGCAUGCAGAAGGAACGUUACCCAGACCGGCAGCUGCCCUGGGUACAGACGAGGCUCUCCGAGGAGGUGCUGGCACUCAACGGUGACCAGACGGAGGGCAUCUUCAGGGUGCCUGGAGACAUUGAUGAGGUAAACGCCCUGAAGCUCCAGGUGGAUCAGUGGAAGGUGCCCACAGGCCUGGAGGACCCCCAUGUCCCAGCGUCGCUGCUGAAGCUGUGGUACCGGGAACUGGAGGAGCCCCUGAUCCCGCACGAGUUCUACGAGCAGUGCAUCGCUCACUAUGAGAGUCCCGAGGCCGCCGUGGCCGUGGUGCACGCGCUGCCUCGCAUCAAUCGCAUGGUGCUGUGCUACCUCAUCCGCUUCCUUCAGGUGUUCGUGCAGCCUGCCAACGUAGCCAUCACCAAGAUGGACGUCAGCAACCUGGCCAUGGUGAUGGCGCCCAACUGCCUGCGCUGCCAGUCGGAUGACCCGCGCGUCAUCUUCGAGAACACACGCAAGGAGAUGUCCUUCCUGCGCGUACUCAUCCAGCACCUGGACACCAGCUUUAUGGAGGGCGUGCUAUAGCACGCGGGCACCACGGACGGCGGGCUGCGCGGCGCACGCGGGAGCGGGGGCCCCGCCGGGGCAGCAUGCCAGGCCCCGCCGGCCCCGAGAAGUGCCUUCUGUUCCCCGGAGCCGAGCGACACUGCCCUCCCGGCUGGCCGCGGCCCACGCCGCGCGGCCUCUCCGCUCCAGAGCCCCGGCUGCCCGCCGCCAGGCCGCGGUUCUCCUGCGCGGGGAGGGCCCCGAACCAAAGUCCUCGCGGCGGGCAGGGCCGGGCAGGCACUCUUGGGGCGGGGGGAGAGUAUUUUUUUCGUGGUGUACCUACGAGUCCAGAUUCCAUCCCGCACCCCGCCCUCUUGUGCAUAGAGAUAUAAAUAGAGCGACAGACGUCGGGACUAAAUUUGCUAAGGACAUAGUUCUAACCAGAUGCUAUUUAUCUCUGAGCCGUCCUCACCGCCCUCGUGCAGAGCACUCGCACCCUCCUUCCUUACCCGCAGCUCCCGACCCAACCCCGCGCCGCGCGGCGGCUGGGCCGGACUCGCCUGCGUUCCCGUUAUGGAAUCAGUUCCAACUGUUGUCAAACUUAAUUUCUCCCGGUUUUUAUAUAUAUAUUUUUUAGAGUUGAGUUUUUAUUUAUUAUUAAAACAAAACAGCCAGCCCUGCCGAGCCGGCCCCUGAGCGGGCCGCAGACGUGCUCUGACACGUGGACCGAGGAACCGCUUUUCGUGUGAAUAAAGUUCGUGUGGACACUC